AUGGGAAGCAGCUGGUCAUCAGAAGAUGAGCUCCCACGAAAUGAAAACGGAAAACGACUGCGUCCAAUAUCAUUCGAAGAUGACUGCGACGACGACUACGAAGACAGUCAUGAUCAUGAGAGAUAUGAAAGACAUGAGAGACAUGCAGAGGCAUCCUAUCGAGCUACCGCAAUGGCCCACAGAGCUACGACAAUAAGGGAAGACGAACCACCACCGGUACUCCGGACCAGACGAGCCAAACGACAACGAAUCGAAAGUUACAACCCUGCUGCUGCUACUGAUGAUGCUGCUACUGAUGAUGCUCAUGAUGCUCAUGAUGAUGAUGUAUCAUCAUCAGCAGCAAAUACGUCAGCUUCCUAUCCAACCUUUUCCUACAGUCCGUCCGCCUUUUGCCGUUGGACGUUACGCAGCCUAUCAGACAAGCUUUGCGUCCUGCUGGCCCAAGCCUUUUUGAGUUUGGCCGAAUCUUCCACCGCCCGUGCCAGCAGCAGCAGCAAUAUUAAUAUAAAUAAUAAUAAUGGUGGUGGUGGUGGUGAGGCAAAUCAAUAUGUUAAUUUUCCAGACGAAGAACUCUUUCAAUCCGUCUCGGACAUGUUGGAUGACUUUCAAAGUUUGGAACCUGACAUUUUGACGCGGGGAUGGCGAGUCUUGUGUGCUUGCAGUCUGGUCGCCAAGAAGAAGGCGGGGGAGGCAAAUCAUGAUAAUGAUAAUGCUGAUGAGAAUGAUGAGAAUGAUGAAAAUGCAAAUAACAACAACAACAACAAGAACAACAACAAUGCUACCACUGAUACAAAUACAAAUGCUAAUGCUACUACGAAUGCACUCCCCAAGCUGCCCGACAAUGACGUGGCAACGGUCAUUAUGGGAAUGAAACUCCAUCAUUCUUCCGUGAGACUUCAGCUCUUGGGAUGUCGGGCAUUGAAGGUUUUGUUGGAUACGGAACGGGCGACCUGGGAUCAAUUGGUCGACGAAGGAUUUGUCUCGGUCAUGAUGAACGCCAUGAAAGAGUUUCCAAAGGAUUUGGUAUUGCAAGGUCUCAUGAUGUCCUUUUUGGGCAUGAUGAUUCGAGAGGUCAAUAUUACUGACAAUAGCAGCAGCAAUGAAAGUGACAAUGGAAAUGGAAAUGACAAUGGAAAUGACAAUGGAAAUGACAAUGACAAUGACGAACCACAAGAAUCUUCCUUGCAGAGGGAAUUGCUCCAACUGGGUGUGGUGGAAGUCAUUCUGGCGGCAUUGCAAGAAUUUGAAGAUCAUACACGAUUGGUACAUACCGGGUGCCUGGCACUUCUUCAGAUUACCGCAUCCCUCCAAGAAGCCCGACAACAAGUGGUGGAACAAAAUGGUCAUUUAUUAGUCUACCAAAUCAUGGAAGAAAACAAAACAGACGAAUUGUUGUUGAUUGUGUCCUUGAAUACACUCAGCCGAUUGCUAUCCGUCGAAACCAUUGAUGGAUUGCCAUUGCAACAAGUAGUUCAAUCCAUUUUGGAGUGCAUGGAACUGUAUCCCAAAGACGAAGCCGUUCAGAUGCAUGCGCUAGUGUCUUUGUUGAGGUUGGGAGAACAUACUCGCAUUCCGACCAAUGCUUGCAUCCAAAAGAUUGUUCCCGCCAUGGUCUUUUUUCGACAUUCCAAAAGUCUUGUCUUUAUUGCCUGCGUGGUCAUUCGAUCCAUGAUUGCCAAUUCGUUGGAACCUGCCAGUGUAUUACAAGACUUGUUGCAGUUUGGAGGCGUCGAAUGCAUCGUCCAUGCGUCGAAAGAUCAUCCCUCCAAUUCGGGUAUUCAACAAAUUGUCCAAUUGCUUCUUUCGGUAUUGUUGGUGCAUCAGCAAACAGUUGGUGUGCCAUUGGCAUUUCGAGGAACCCUUCGUGUGGUGGGAAUGAUGUCGCGGAUUGAUUUUGAUAGUGAUCAUGAUGAUGAUGAUGAUAAUAAUAAUGAUGACAAUGACAACAAUGAUGGCGACGACAAUGAUGGUGAGGAGGAUGAGGAUGACGGAGAAUGGUAA